CCCCACAGCGCCCCACAAGUACACAGCCCCACAGCGCCCCACUGACACCAUAGAGACCCCACAGUGCCCCGUAGAGAUCCACAGAGCCCCAUGGAGACCAAUACAACCCCAUAGAGACCCCACAGUGCCCCAUAGAGACCUCACAGUGCCCCAUAGAGACCCCACAGAGCCCCAUGGAGACCCCAUGGAAACCGCCUGCGGCCGCCCCAUGGCCGUGGGGUCGCGGCGCAACGUGGGGGGCGAGGACGCGGUGGCGGGGCAGUGGCCGUGGCAGGGGAGUCUGCUGCGGGACGGGACCCACAUCUGUGGGGUUUCGCUCGUGGCCCCGCAGUGGGUGCUGACGGCCGCCCACUGCUUCCAGGG